GACGUGUCCCUGGCGCGCGCGGGCCGGAAGCGGACCGCCAUGGAGGAGGCCGCGGCGCACAACGGCAGCGCCGCCGGGACCGGGGCCGGGACGGGGGUCGGGUCCGGGUCCCCCGCGGCCGCCCGGCCGCCCGCUACCCCCGAGGGUAUGGCGUUGGCUUACGGCAGCCUCGUCCUCAUGGCGCUGCUGCCCAUCUUCUUCGGGGCGCUGCGCUCCGUCAGCUGCGCCAAGAGCAAGAACUCCUCGGAGAUGCCAGAGACCAUUACCAGCCGAGACGCUGCUCGUUUUCCCAUUGUUGCCAGUUGCACCCUUCUGGGGCUCUACCUCUUCUUUAAAAUAUUCUCUCAAGAGUACAUCAAUCUUCUGCUUUCCAUGUAUUUCUUCGUGCUGGGGAUCCUCGCCCUGUCCCACACCAUCAGCCCCAUGAUGAACAGAUUCUUCCCUGCAAAUUUCCCCAACAAACAGUACCAGCUCCUUUUCACCCAAGGCUCCGGGGAAAGCAAGGAGGAAAUAGUGAAUUACGAGUUUGACACCAAGGAUCUUGUGUGCCUGGCCCUGAGCAGUGUUGUGGGGGUCUGGUACCUGCUGAGAAAGCACUGGAUUGCCAACAAUCUCUUUGGGCUGGCUUUCUCUCUCAACGGGGUGGAGCUGCUGCACUUGAACAACGUCAGCACUGGCUGCAUCUUGCUUGGGGGCCUCUUCAUCUACGACGUCUUCUGGGUGUUUGGCACCAAUGUGAUGGUGACAGUUGCCAAAUCAUUUGAGGCCCCGAUAAAACUGGUUUUCCCUCAGGACCUGCUGGAGAAGGGGCUGGAGGCUGACAACUUUGCCAUGCUGGGUCUGGGAGACAUUGUCAUUCCAGGGAUCUUCAUUGCCUUGCUGCUGCGGUUUGACAUCAGCUUGAAGAAGAACACGCACACGUAUUUCUACACCAGCUUUGUGGCCUACAUCUUUGGGCUGGGCCUGACCAUAUUCAUCAUGCACAUCUUCAAGCACGCCCAGCCUGCUCUUCUGUACCUGGUCCCCGCAUGCAUCGGAUUCCCACUUCUUGUGGCCUUGGCAAAGGGAGAAGUAACUGAAAUGUUCAGCUACGAGGAGAGCUCUACCCCCAAGGAGGUGCCGGGGGCCUCCAAAGAAGAGACGACAGAAGCCUCCAAGAAGGAGAAGUGACUUUGCCCAUGGGCCAUGCCCGGCACUGCUGGGCUGGGGCCCUUCCAGACCCUCCGCAAGUGACAGACGACGAAACAAUUGUGCAAGAGCAUCGUGUUGUGUGUGUCGGAGCAGCCACCCAGGUGGGGUAUCGAUGUAUGCCGCAUAGCCACCCCCUGCCGGCCCCCCAGGGCCGCACCGCCGCCCCCCCGCCUGUUUAUCUCUUAUGGGGGUACAAGGUGGGUGGGGGGGGCAAACCACAGGCCGGUUUUUAAAUUUUGUAUUGUGCAUUUGCUUUCUCUCAUAUUAAACCAUGUCGAAGGAAA